GGGGCGAUGGAGGACUUAAUCCCCUCCACACCAGGAUGUGUAUGGGGUUGGUUAAUAACCACACACGCCAGGCCGCCCCCAGCGUCUCUUCUUCCCAAGCCGCUGUUGCUCUCCGCGACUGAUCGGGUGCUCGUUUGAAUCUCGAUGCGUUCCGCGCGCGGAAUCUUUAGAUUGUAGGGGGAGUGUGAAUCUUCGCUGACGGACUUGUCAUCAAGCAUCCCGGAGAUCGACACGCGAUGUCAUCAAACUCCGAGAAGCACAGAGCCUUCGUCUCGGAGCCCAUGGGAGAUAAACCCGUGACGGAUUUACCCGGAAUUGGUCCGGCACUCGAUUCUUGCCUCCAGAAAGAAGGACUGGACAAGGCAUACAAGUUGCUGGGCCAGUACCUACAGGUGGGCAAGAAAGAGGAGAUUUUUAAGAAGAAGCUCAAGGACACGUUUGGAGCCGACGAAGAGCAGGCGUCUGCGUGCUACGCGUGCCUUAAGGAAUGGUCCAACAAUCACCUGUAGCCCUGUGACCGUGGGGAGGUCACUCAGCUACAGGCGUCCCCUCUUUCAGCCCUGCACGGACACUGGGUUGCAUGACGUGCCAUCAUCUCACUCCAAUGGACAAACAUCAACUUGAAUUGGCCUGAUUGUCAACCAGAACUCCAGUCGAAUGACAACUCGAGUCGGUUAACAAGCGGUUGGCGUUUACAUGAUUUUCCGGAGUUCAGAAGUGGAUCUGGCAUGGUCCAAUAAUGUAAAGAUUUUUUUUUUAAUAGGGCUCCCACAUUAAUAACCAAAAAAUGUCAAUGUACUGUAUAUUCCCCGUGAAUACUAAUUAAUGAAAUACCAAUUUUCGCCCCCUGCCCCCCCCCCCCACCGUGGAUCCGCCACUGUCAGUGCUGUUAAAGUAAUGUGAGUGGAGCAGGGUUUCCCCAGGAAUUUGUACUUGCGCUCGGCCCAUAUUCAGUGGCGAGUGUGACAUCUGAAUCGAUCGCAGUGAGCAGUGUGGUGAAGUAUGGUUAAGCAACUACCGUAACCGACACAGAGUGCACAGGGGAGGCUUUCAUACAGCAGUGAAUUGGCAAAUAGUGAUAAGUUAUUUUCAUACGCCAAAUGUAUUCAUAUGGAGCGCAUAAAUUCCACAGCUCCUCGACGAUUUUCACUAAAUAUAUAUAUUUUCCAGUAUUGCUUGUGGUAUUUUGGAAAAUAUAGUACUUGUGAAUUAAUUUCUCUCGUCCACCGGGUGGAAGGAAUUAUGCAAUCAGUUCACGUGCAGGUGCAAGGUGGCUUGGCCCAUCUCAGGGCUGUGAGAGAUGACGGUGACGAGGCAGUCCAUCUAGCAGUAGAUUUAAAAUAUCUGUUUAUGGCGAUGAUGAUGUACCACAAGGUGGCGAGCGGUGUUCACAAUUUAAAAAAACAACGUUUACAGCCACUUGGGGGCGCCAGAGAUUAGGGGUGAAGUGAAUGGUAUUGAGGUGGCCUGGUCGAGGCAUGUGAGACAUGAUGUGGUUAGAGGGCAAUGAGAAUGAGUUUGGUGGAGAGAAACAGACGUAUUAGGUGGGCUCAGCACUGCAGUGCCACUCAACCCCUUAUGAGCAAUUGAAUUGAACCAGUGCUUGGGAUUCCAUAACUUUGUACACGUGCACGAGCAUCCCAUGUUGUCAAUCAACUGCUGGAUUAGGAACUUCCCCACGCCGUGCGGGUCGUGGAGGUUAUUUGACCACGCUUGGGUUCAGUGUGGGUUGGUGCAGGCCGGAAGCACAGACACGCGAGCGUGUUGGUGAAACUGACGGUUGUUGGGAGUUGUUAACGACCUCGCCUCGUAUAGAGGUCAUGGGUUCGAUCCCGACCCAAGACGCCUGUAUAUUUGGAGUUUGCAUGUUCUCCCCUUGGUCGCGUGGAUUUUUCUCCGGUUCCUUCGGGUUUUUUUUUCUCCAAAUUUAGAAAUGUGCGUUAAGAGUAAUGUGUAUGCUAUUCAUUUCCACGUGAUAAGCCACAUCGUCGAGCUAUCAUUUGUGGCCAGGUCGUUUAUGAAAAAGAUAUUAAUAGGUUAAAUAGUUUUCUGUAUGUAUGUUGAACUUCUUUUUCACCGUACGUAGCCAACCGUGCUAAUCGGGGGCGCAUUGCCAUCUGCUUUUCACCUUGUAGCCACGCAUCCUUCAUUGUGGGACAUAAAAAUAAAUCACUCAAAACGCACGGUAAUUGUCGCCAAACCUUGUACAUUUUUUCACCUUUGCCUCUUCGCCAGAAACAAGAUUACACGACCAUUUCCGUCCCACAGCACACCCACACACUUUACAACCAUUUUAUAAAUUCCCAUAAUGCUUUGCGCAAAACGACCAGAUGUCACAAUCCACAUCGCAGACUUUCAGCUGCAAUCUCCAUUUGCUUUUCGAUGAUGUCGAAUAAAAAAAAUGGACGGUUAACCUUGAACAAACGUUGUAAUUCAAUACAAUACUUUGUUUAUAACCACGUGAGAGCCCAUUUGGCACGAAAAUGUAUUGUUCAAGUGCAAGUGAUUCCAUUGCAUAUGGCACAACACUCAAUGUAGAUAUAAUUAUCCAUACAUUCCGAUGAAGAACCUUCUCAACAAGGGGUCUUGCAACUCAUGAAUAUUGAACGCCUGUUUUUUACAUGGAACUGUUUUUUCUCCAGUAUUUUAACCCAUUACACCUGGGUCUGCCCCUUGACCUGCUGGCAAGCCAUAGUCAUACCACGUGUCUGCAAGGUGCAUCGAGCUCUGCACAAGGCCAAUGUGAUGUGAAGGCCAUUUAUUGAUGAACGGGGACUCCUCUUUGUGUACUGUGCGUUGGCUGUGUUUGCACUGUGUGUUGUGUAUAUCUGGGGAUAUCCCGUUGUUUAAGAAAUCGAUUGCUCUACAAAUGAUUGGUUUUGCUUCGGUUCCCGCACGUGCCCCGAGACGGGAGGUGAUCAUGGGGCCGGAUUUGGUUAUGUCAUUGGCAUCAUUGGGAGAGGUCCAAGAACGAUUGAGACAUCACUCGCCACUCACUGAUGCAAGCCGUGGCCGCGAAUUGAAUUCAGGUCCCCAGGUUCAUGGCACGAUGCGCUAACCACUGCAUUGGAUUUGCGCUGUAUCCCUCGUAGAAGAAGAAGACGUUUUGUUUUGAGAAUCUAUCUAAUCUGUUCCCAUGGGACCUCGGAUAACACUCCUUAUCCUAUGGAGUUUAUUUAUAAGGGUUUGUCGUAAAACGCAAUUUAUGUCUUUUGCAAGUCAUCACUCACGCAGCCCAGUUAUGUUUGCAUAAUCAAACCAAUUCUAAGUGCGUACGCCGCUUCUCCGCUCUCGACGCUGAUCCAGCGGUAGAGAUUCCACUUUCCUGUAUCGGGGAUCGGUCUGUCCAAACAAGAACCGCUUUUGACUUUACACAAAGCAAUGAGAUACUAAUUUAAUUUGUGAGAACUGUUUCCAGUGGGGGGAACCCCCCCCCCCCUACAAAGUGGAGGCUAUAUAAUCUGAACUGUAUUGUACUUUUUGAGACUGCGUAUUGUGCAAGAUGUACGUUAUACGUAUGCGUGGCUCGUCCGUGCGUGUGUAGCGCACGCACGGGUUAAAUCCCCAUGUGACCCCGUGCGGGUAGCAGCACGGUGCUUGCUCUGCUAGAACCAGAACACAUCGCCAGCACGACACGCCAGCAUUUCCUCCGGCCCAACACAGACACAAGCGCUCAACGCCUCAUCUGCCCACCAGCCCGACCAGCUGCCCAACGCCAGUUUUAUUUGGGGUAAAAGACCGGGUUGGCAAAUUUAGCCGGGGAGUCGAACCUCAAUGGCUCUGGCUCGCUGGUCAUGGCUAGGUUGAGGCCAGUUGGCUCCUGGCUCGUGACCAGCGCAACGUACGCACGCGUGAUGGAUCUGGUUAAAGCCAUUCAUGGUAGUAUUUGGGUGAUUCUACCUCCCAUGUAUGGAAUUGUGGAUGACCCGAGAUGCCCUCCUCUCCGUAAUGUCAGAGGUGUUUAGCAUUGCGUUGCAUGCCAUGUGCCACUGUGGCAGUGUCCUGUAACUUGCUUGUUUUGUAAAAGUUCUACAUAUGCCCAUGCAAAAAAAUAUAAUACUCAAUAUAAAUUG